AUGUCACCCGAGGAGCUGGCGGCCCUGCUCUGCGGGGAAGGGGACGAACGCCUCUCCCAGCAGGAAUUUCCAGCGGCCACCGCCUUUUACCUGGCUGCCUUCAGCUGCUGUGCCCCCACAGCGGUGCAGAGAGUCGCCUCCAUGGGCCACGGCUUCCAGGAGCAGGUGGUGGCCACCYUGGAGGCCUGGUGCCAAGGCCAGGGGCAGAUCCCCGAGAUCCAGAGCAGGAACCUGGCCGUGGUGUCGCUCAGCGUGGGAAUUGCUGCGAUUUUCCUCUCCACCCUCGUCCCCAACAACGUGGCGGCCUCGGUUUACGAGCUGGAGGCCCUGUUGAGGCGUGGCUGCUCGGAGGAGGUGGUGAGCAAGUGCAGCCUGCUGCUGGAGGAUGAUCCCAGGGAUUCCAUGGAGCUGCUGCUGCUGAGAGCGCUGGCACGGGUGCUCUCAGGRACACAGGUCGAGGAGGGAGUUGUGGAUUAUGUCCGAGCCUUCGUGCUGCACCCAGCCGAGGCRGCGGCCCACGUGUGCAGCAGGCAGAGGGAGCACCUGCCCCAGAUCAUCCAGGCCUUCUCYGAUCACCUCUCCAAGUGCCAGGGGGAGAGCCCAGGGUGCCGAAAAUCGGAGCAGUGGCUGGGGAAUUGCUACGCUUUCCUGGCCGCKGUGGCCCCGGGGCACAGCUGGGUGUGCAGGGCGCGGGCCGCUCACCUGCGGCGAACUGGCCACGUUCAGGAGGCUGUGGCCAUCUGCACCUCGGCCCUGGAGGGCUGCUCCUCUGGGAAGMUGAGCAGUGAGGGAGCUCUGCCUCUGCUCCUGGAACGGGCGGCUGGGUAUUUCUCCCUKGGAGGGCAGGCGCAGGAAAUGGUGCAGGAUUUAGCAGCAGCCUUUGCAGCAGACCCUGGCCGGGCAAGGGAACGCUUUGAGGAGCUUUUCUCGCCCGGUGACACUGAGCAGAUCGAGGAGCAGGCCAGAGCAGCCCUGGAGGAGAAGUUUGCAGCGUUCAGGGAGGCCGUGCGUGCCCGGGCCGAGCUCAGGGGCAGCCAYGGCACUGAGCUGCUCCCUCCCAUCAUCCAGACCAUCCAGCUGCUCCUGCACAUCUGCCCAGGGUCCCGCCGGGAGCUCAGCGUGCGCCUGGCAGACUGUCACCUCCUGCAGGGACACCCUGCAGCCGCCCUGCACAUCUGCGAGCAGCUGCUGGCAGCGGAGCAGAGCACCUACCACAACACCCUGCUGGCACUGCGAGGCUUCUGCUGCCUCCAUGCCCAGGACCACCACGGAGCCCUGCAGGACUUCCAGAAGGUCAUUGAACACGAUUCCCCACAUCCCAGCAGCUGCAUCAAAGCCCUGUGUGGGCGCGGGCUGAUCCGGAUUUCGGGUGGCAGCAAUUACCUGACAGCCCUGGAUUAYAUCACAGCUUGUCAGUUAAAGCUGGAGGAAACCAUCUUCACCAUCAAGUCCUACGUGCCGUGGAACCAGAGGGGAUUGUUGCUGAAGGUUCUCCAGGAGGAAGGACAGAUGAUGCUCCAGAAGAAGAGGUACCUAGGAGGCAGCGCAGUUUCCUUUUAGAAAAAGGAAACAGGGCUGUGCACAUUCCUGACCUCGAAGGUAGAUGCCCCAGGGGUUUUCCAGCUGGCUUCUCUCCUGGUGGAGCUGGACAGCUCUGAUGAAGAUUCCAGGCUCCUGUGUGCUGAUGCCCUGUACCAGAUGGGCCGUGGGGAAGAAGCCCACAAGAUGCUGUCCCUGGCKCUCUCCAGAAACCCCCAGAGAGCUCCUGUGCUGGCCAGGCUGGCUCUGCUGCAGCUGAAGAGAGGCUGUGUGUACGAUGGCAACCAGCUGCUGAAGAGAGUGAUCAGAAUUGGAGAUUCCUCCUGCCUCCUGCCAAUCCUGGACAUUUUCCAGGAGGAGGAUCGGAAGCUGCUGCAGAGCCACUGCCGCUGGCGAGCCCUGGCCAUCCUGAAGGGCAAACAGGAGRGUGCUGCCAUCAAAGAGGCCAUUGCCCACCUGUCCUUUGCCAUCAUUGCUGCAGGUGGUUAUGCUGAGGAUUGCCUUCUCACCAGGGCCCGAUGCUACGGGCGCCUGGGGCAGAUGAAAACUGCAAUUUUUGAUUUUAAUGCUGUCCUGAAGGAAGAUCCCAGGAAUGUGCAAGCUCUGAGYGGCCGGGGGUUCGUUCAUCUCGCUCUGAAGCAGCAGAAGGAGGCAGUGCAAGAUCUGACCUCAGCACUGAAGGUGGAGGCAGGGGCAGUGAUCCCAGCAAUCCUGUGCUUGAAGCCUGAAGCCCGAGGGUUGGUCACUGGGUGGCUCCUCCAGCAUGGCAGGGCCACUCUCACCGAGCUCGUGGCCACCAAAGACCUCCCAAGAGAAGAAACCCUCGGGGACCUCCUCACCAUGGCAAAAGCACUGAUGAAAAUCUGCAAGGCUGCUCAACAUCACAUCUUCUACACCGACGUUCUGAUGGCAAAUGGAAAGCACCAAGAGGCCCUGAGGCACCUGCAGGAAGCYUUUGGCCACUGUCCUGCUGAGGCCUCAGCCAGGGCUCGUCUGGCAGUGCUGCAGCUSCAGGGCAGGAACGUGGCAGGAGCAGCUGCCCCGCUCAGCGCCCUGGCCAGGAGAGAUGAACAGGACUUGGCUUUUCUCCUCAGCUUUGUAGACACCAAGCAACUGCAGCACCUCGCUCAGGCAGCAGCCCAGGAGGGGAAGGUGCUGAUCAAAAGCCAUCACUACGAGAAAGCUCUGGGCUACCACACCCUGGCCGUGCUGGCCAGCAGGGACAACCCCAGGUACCUKCGCCGCAGAGCCGCCUGCCUGAUGCACCUAAAAAAAUACGGGAAAGCUCUCAAAGACAUGGAAAAAGUGAUCCAGGGGCACGGCUGUAACAGCCCCAAAACACAGGCUGGGGAUCAUUGCUCGCAGGGAUUUCUGCUGCUGGUUCUGGAGGAGGAGGAGGCGGCGGUGCAGCAUUACAUGGAGGCUCUGGAGCUGGAUGAGCCCCUGGCCUUGGACACCAUCAGCAACUGCCCUGGCAGGGAAACUUUAACCCAAACCUUUCACAAAGUGGCACAAAGGAACUUGGAAAAGCAGCGUUACGAAGAGGCCUGGAAAAUCACGGACUAYGGGUUGAAAAUUGAUAAAAGUGUUGAGCUGCAGAAGCUGAAGGCGAGGCUGAAGCGGGAGGCAUCGAGCUGCAGCAUACAUUGA